UGUGAGCGUGUGUCGGGUCAGUGUUAAGGACUACGGACUAGUUUAUAUUUCUUUGUAAUAGUACGAACUGUUAUGGGUAACACAAGCCCGAAGGAAACUAGCUCCAGAGAAACGCAUAUGCCGCGUCCCAAACCGGUGCAUGGACUAAUGGCGGACACUGCGCAACGAAGAGAAGGACUCGUGACUGUGGAAUUAAAUAAAACAUUAUGGGAGGUUCCCAAUCGCUAUAGCAUUCAAAACCCAGUCGGAAUAGGUGCUUAUGGCCAAGUUGUAUCUGCAAUUGACAAAAAAACAGGUGUAAAAGUGGCAAUUAAAAAACUUGCUCGUCCUUUCCAGACUGCAAUUCAUGCUAAAAGAACAUACAGAGAACUUCGUAUGUUGAGACACAUGAAUCAUGAAAAUGUGAUUGAACUAAUGGAUUGUUUCACACCAACUGUUAGACUGGAAGACUUUACUGAUGUAUACCUGGUGACACCAUUGAUGGGGGCAGAUUUAAACAAUAUACUUAAAACACAAAGACUUAGUGAUGACCAUGUACAGUUUCUUAUCUAUCAAAUUCUCAGGGGUUUAAAGUACAUUCAUUCAGCUGGCAUACUACACAGAGAUUUAAAACCUAGUAAUAUAGCUGUCAAUGAAGAUUGUGAACUGAAGAUUUUAGAUUUUGGUCUUGCUCGGCAUACAGAUGAAGAGAUGACUGGUUAUGUAGCCACCCGUUGGUAUAGGGCGCCUGAAAUCAUGCUGAAUUGGAUGCAUUAUAAUCAAACCGUGGACAUCUGGUCUGUAGGUUGUAUUAUGGCUGAAAUGUUAUGUGGAAAACCUCUAUUUCCUGGCAGUGAUCACAUAGAUCAGUUAACCAGGAUUUUGUCCCUGGUAGGGACUCCUAGUGAAGAACUAAUGGAAGAGAUCAAAAGUAAUGAUGCAAAAUUGUUUAUCAAAUCUCUUCCUGUGAUGCAGCAUAAGGACUUCAAAGUAGUUUUUUCAGGCGCCAGUCCACUUGCAAUAGAUCUGAUGGAAAAGAUGCUUGAUCUAAACACCAAGACUAGGCUGAAUGCCACUCAGGCCCUGGCCCAUGAAUAUUUGAAGCAGUAUGCUGAUCCAAAUGAUGAGCCUGAAGCUGAAAAAUAUGACCAGUCUUUUGAAGAUUUAGACUUGGGGAUCAGUGAAUGGAAAAAGCUAGUUUACGAUGAGAUUCAGAACUUCAAGCCAGCACACAGUAUGAUGUCCUAGCAUCUUUCAACGACUACAGGUAGCUCUUGGUUCUUAUCAACCAGACAAUGAUGAUUAUAGUAACAUUCACAGAUGCAAAAGUUAAAGCUUGUUUAUUUGUCUUUGUGACCAAGUGUUGGACUUCAACGUUGUCAUGCCAUGCCAAACUCUUAGCAUGUUAAGAUGGCAAGUCAUUUUACUUACAAACAUAUGCAUUAUACUACCCAUUCACCAUAGAGAGACAUUUCUAAUGUCUACUGAUAAGAAAUUUCAUUUUUAUUUUUAAGGCUGUGUUACAACAAUUCAUUUGCUAUUCAGUAGCUAAAUGAUUGCAUAUUAAAGAAUAAUUAAUGCUGGUAUUCAAGUGAUUGAAAAAUAUAAACUUCAAUACAUAAAAUGUAUUUGUUUUAAAAAGUAAUACUAAAUGCCUGCCACGAUUCAAAUGAAUAUUUAGAAACAUCAUCGAUUAACUUAUUUAUUUAAUCUCCUGUUCCUUAAUACAAAUCUGUGAGUUAUUUACUGCCUCAUAAAUUCUUUAUUUUUCAUACAAAUAAUAAGCUUUUUUAUUUUGUUCCCAUUUGAAAUGUAUUUAUUAACAUUUUUUUUUUUUGUUAACUCCUUUUGUUGAAACAUUUUUUUAAAUGUAAAUGUGUCAGUGAAUUUAUAAGUCAAUUCAAAUGAAACUGAAACUUACAAGUUAAAUUUUCACAGGCAUUUUCUACUUUUCUACAUAAUGAAGCUUUUAAUUUAUUAAUUGUUGGAAGUACUUUCAUUUCGUAGAAUCUUUGUACCUCUAAUGAUCUUUUGAGAAACUAAAAAUGUUUGGGCUGGGGCUUUGUUGGCAUUUUAACUCUUUCUCUCCUAAGUGACGAUACCAGCGUUGAUUCAAUCAAAAUUUGGUAAAUAAUUACAGAGAGAAAGAGUUAAAAAUGGUGACAGCAUCAUAUUUACUGUCAACUAUUCAACUCAGCAGUAAAUUUUAAACAUUUUUUUCCUAGUUCCUAGUGUGAGUUUCUGUAAACUAUUAGAAUAUUUUAUGGGGGAAUAAAAUAUUUAUUUUGUACAUUUUUUUUUAUUUAACUGUACAUUAUGCCUAAAAUGUUAGUCAGGUUUUCCUCAUCUUUGUGGUAGAAAUUUUGUUUUCUUGACAUAAAAACACAUUUGUUUUUUUAGAUACUUUUGUAUUUUCAAUUUAAUGACACUUAAGUUUGAGUGUGUGUGUGAAAGUUGUGUUCUGUUGUUUUUUUUUAAAAUCAUACUUCUGUCAGUUUUUUUCUGCAGGAAUACUUUUGUUUAUAUUUGACCUCUUUAUCAUGAAAUCUCUUUGCUUAAAGGGGGUUAUUAUUCGGUUCAACUUACUUUUUAAAUAAUAACUUGAAAGAAACUUUGGUACAAGUUAUGUAAAACUCACUGGUUUGUGUAAUGUUUCUCGCUUCUUUUUUUUUUGUUUAACUGUUGACAAAUAAAGACAAUGAGACUGAUGCCAUAAAGGCUGUUUGAAUAUCAGGUGAUUGUACAGAAAAGGUCUUGGUGAUGAUCAAACUACUUACAUUAGAAUGUUUUUUUUUUUGUUUUUUUUUUUAUUAUUAUUCAACAUUAUUCUAUAUAUAAUAUAUCUUUGAUGUACAUGUUCAUCCCCUGUUGUUGUAAUUAGUGACUCUUGUUAUUGACUCUGCUUGUACAGUUCUCAACUUUGAUGAUUAUCUGGAUGUAGAAACAACUGUACUGUUAAACCUCGUUGAAACCUCAUCAUAUUAGACUUCAUGGGGCUGCUUUUACAGUUUGAUUGAGAUGCCGUUAACCCUAUUAAACCUUAAAUUCAGGCACUCAGGAAGAUGCAUUAUUGGAGUAAUUGGAUUUGUUAAGUUUGUGAAUUUAAUAUAAUGAGGUUCAAAAUAUAUUUUGUUCUAAGUAGUUUAUUUAAUCAUCUUUUUUCUUCUUGUAUUUUUUUUCUUCAUCCUGUUUCUCCAUUUUGUUUAAAGUAUUACAAAUCAGACAUUAAUAUUUAAUGUGUUGGUUCCAAUGAGUUCAUUAUAUGUAGAGGCUACAUGAUGAAUAGUUAAUUUAAAAAAAAGCAAUAGGCAAAGCUGCAGUUUUUCUCUUGUACUUGCAAGGCUUUUGAUGGUUGGGUUUUUCUGAGUCAAGGUGGGCAUUUUUCGAUGAAAUUAAUUUGCCUAAUUGAAAAAGGAUUUAACAUGUCUAGAAAAUUUUGAUGAUUUAACCUCAGGCUCAAAAUGAAUUGUCUGAUUUUUUAACAAAAAUUUACAGUCCUGUUAAAUUUGCAAUCUGUUAAUCAUUACUAUAAAAUAUUAAAAUAAAAAAAGAAGUGAUCUACAGUUUAGUCCAAGCUGUAGUGUCUCUUCAUUUACAGAGCUCAUUGAUUAUUAUUCACAUGUCUAUUAGUGCAUUUAUUGAGACAUGGUUUUCUAUGUUUUAGGAACUGUGUGACUAAGGUACAUGAUGAAAACACCCUGUGUGCCUACGCUCAAUGUAUACAUGCCUUAAUAAUAAUUCACAUCUUUCAUCUGUAACUCUUGUUGUUUGUACAUGCUUCUAAUCAUAAAUAGAUAGCAUGGUUAAAUGUUAGCGUUCAUGGGGGGAAAAAUAAGAAGCCAGCACCUUUCUCUUGAUUCAUUGGACUUGUUGUAUAAAUGGUGUAUUGUUCAGAACUUUUGUCAAGUGUUCUGUGAUACUCUUUUUAGAGUGCUGGUUGAGAUUUGAAGCUUAUAAGUGAUUCAAGUAAACACAACUUGGAGAAUGUGUCAUCUUGCCAUGAUUUCAUGUUCAUUUCCAAACAAAAAAAUUUACUUGUGCUGUUGUUUUUUUUUAAAUAGUCACAGACUACAAGUUGAGAAGGCUUUGAUGUACUUUAAUGAAGGUGCUAAAUAGUCCUUUAAACAGCUUGUAUGUACAAAUGUGAAUCAUUAGGAUGUGGCAUAGCAACUUAAGGAACUGAUGUUUCCAUUACAUUAAACUUAACAUGCACCUCUGUAGUUUGAUAAAAUUUAGCCAGUAUCACAACUGAUAAAUGUAAUUUAAUGAAAUAAAUAUACAGUUGAUUGGCUAGCUGGGCUCAUUGCAGUUGUAUACAAUAAAACCAUAAUAAAAAAAAAAUGUUUUAAAUAGUAGUUUUUUAUGUGCAAAGUAAUAAACAAUUUUUGUAUUUAUUUUGUGUGACAUAGUUAUGCCUCAAGCGAAUGUGUGGCCAAUAGACUUUCUACAUAGUUUGCUUUAGAUAGAUAUAUUAGGACUAACCUUGAUUAAAGGACAAAAUGUGUGUAGUGUAUCAGUUUUGGCCUGUUCUAAACAGGUUUUGUCCAAUUUACUUACAUGUUGUUAUUACUUUAUUCUUUAGCCAAUCCUUUACAAUCUUUUAAUUUUAUACAUUGGUUGCUAAAUCUGGUCCAAAUUUGUCAUAAAUAAAAAUAAUAAUAAUAAAAGUUGAAUUGCAAGCAUCUUAAAAAAAAUAGUAAUACUCAUAGGUCAUGGGCAUGUAUAUGACUUGAUGGAAACAUUCACUGAUUUAACUAUAUGACUUGCCAUUUACUUUACCAGAACUUAGUUGGAGCCUAAUGGUCUUGUAAAGAAUUACUAGCCAUGAUUAUGCAAGAAAUACUUCUUUCUAGGUUCAGUCCUUGCAUUUUAGUGUGUGUGCCAAACUAAUAUUUUAAUAAUUUUUUUAGCAAUAUUUUUUAGUUAAUAUUUUUUUUAAAUUAAGUUUUUUGUUAGUUUGUAUUUUUUUUUUAAUUGAGAGGGGACUACAAUCACAGGGUAAUAAAUUAAGUAAUAAAAAAUUCUCUGUAAUUUUUCUUUAGGGAGUACAAUUAUGAAGCAAUAAAACGAGUUAUUUAAUUGAUUCAACUGUUAGUGGAUGUUUCCCUUUUUUUUUUUUUUUAUUAUAAAAAUUGCUAAUAAAUUAAUAGCUACUUGAAUCUUUGAUUUUUUUCAGUAUUUAAUGUAUGCUUAUUUUAAUGGAAUAAACUUUUUUUUUUUUUUCUAAUUACAUAUAGAUAUCACCAUGUACAGUAAAAAUACUAAUACAUCAGUUAAAUUUACUGUUCUGAUUUUUUUUUCUUUAGCAACUAUUUUUUUUAAACUUGAUUCUAUUGAUUCUAACGAUGAAUGACUUAUUGAUACUGUUAUGACUAUUGUUGAAUCUGUUCUAUUUUGUCUUAGUUCUUGUCGGCCACUGUACACUUUUUGACAAGAUGCAGAUUGGCAAGUGUAGAUAUACAUCUGUUUCUAUUGUGAAAACUGUAAUCAAAUAAACAUUUUAAAAUCUU